AUGCAAGAUAAUAACGGAAUCUUAGGUGUCUCAGACGAAGAAGAUAGCGCUAAAUGGGCAGCUUCGCAAAUAAAAAUGAUACCAGCUAAGUUAAACCGCAACGAGAAAGAAUCCAAAGCAGUCCAGGGAAACAAAAGUAUCGAAAAUGAUAUAGGCUUAAAAAAUGAUCGGAGGCUAAGUUCGCCGCAACAUAUCGCCCAAAUUCCUCAGACUAUUGAAACAUCUAAGAUGGUAGCAGCUUCGGAUUUCAAAAAUUUGAAGCCUUCCAACGACAGUAAAAUACCUGGGGCAAAUGCAACGAAAUCAAUGAUCAACCCCCAUGGUGGUGAUAUUAACACGGUACUGGAGCCUUAUUUUUCACAGGGAAUAAAAGGAAACGCUGGCAAUAGCACUAAUUCCAACUUAGCAGUAGAUCAAGCAAAUUCUUCAGCUGUACAAUACGAUGCCCCAAACAGCAAUGUAGCUGACAGUAUGGAGAAAAUGACAAAUGAAACUGCUUCCAAUCUUGCAGGACUCUCGUUACAGACAAACCACUCAAGCAUGGAAUUGCUUCCGUUGAAGAAUACUACAGCAACUAACCACGAUGACGAAGAAAAGGCACCUUCGCUUUCAAUCAAUGUCACAACUUUAAGGAAAGGGCAAUCUUUUGACUUGCAGAUGCCGAGUUUGAAAACAGCAGAAGGAACUGUUCAGGAUAAUCACCUCCACAUUGCGCCACAAAUGUCGUUUUCGUCUGAAUACGUUUCGGACAGUUUACAAAACUAUUCCGGUCACUUGCUCAACGAUAUCUAUAAUACUGUCAGUGAUUCUGUUCAGAAAAACGAAAACGGUUCGCAAAAAUUAAAUUUAGAUAGUGUGUCAAGAAAGGUGAAGCCUCUAAACAGGAAAGUAAGUCCCGGUGCUGGACUCUUUGAUGAAGCUCUCCGCGAAGAAAGGCCAGCUGGCCGAACCUUUGCAGACAAACUCUUGGAAGAUGCCUCAAUACAAGAAUUACUUAAUGGCAAGCCGGAGCAACAAGCCCAACAAGUGCAGCAAGAUGAAACUCUCGCACGGGCUCUAAAUCAAUCCUCGGUUUCGUCUAUCAUCUUUUCUGCUAACGAAGCUAUUUCCAGUAGUGACUUGCACGCUUUCUGGAAGAAGAGUAAACAAGAGGUCGUUAAUACUGAACGUAAAGGGGUCAAGUACAAGCGAAGCAAAGUUGCCCAUUCAUCGCGCGACCGUCACAGAAAACACAAGAAACAUCACCGUACAGCGACUGCACGUCAAGUUAUAAAUUUUGGCAACCAUUUACUAUGGGUCGGUGGCCAGGGUGCGGCUGAUGCUAACGGCUUUCCGCGCCACGAUGCGACCUCAGAAGAUCCCCAGUACAACGUUAAUAGUUACGUUUCUAGUCUUCUUAAUUCGGGGAGUGAAAAGGAUAAAGAUGGUACAACCAAAGGAUAUAAAGCGCUACAAAACGCUUUGAGUUCCAUGGAAUCCAAUCAGGGAGAAUAUGAUUUGUCUUCCCAGAAUAGCAUCCCAGGUAAUAAAGAAAUGCAUGACACUGGUCAAGAACCAGCUUCAACAAGCGUUCUCAUCCAAGAUGAGGCAGGAAAGCCAGUAUAUCAAGGCCUUGUUAAUAUCGUCAAAUUAAAUAAAACAAAAUCGGAUGACAAUGUAACCAGUGAGGUGAAACUUCAAAAUGAGGACGAUGCUUCCACCAAUAGCAGUGAACGUUUUCAGGCCGAACAAGAAUCAUUAAUGGAAAUGGGUUCAAAUAAUCAGAGUUUAAUUUUUGGAACGAAUACCACCACAUCAUUGCUAGCCGAAGGGGGCAAAAAAGUAAAUGAAACUAAAGCUCUGGAUGGUGCAGGACAUGGAGAUAAAAAUAACUUUACUGUGUCCAAAGAAACUGGCGCUGAUCAAAUUCCGACUAAGGAAGGGAACGAAAUUAGCCAAGAUGAACAACUGCAAUCUGAAUAUCAAGAUCAACAGCACCCCUCAAGUGGAGCACAACCAUCCGCUAUCAUAAAUAAGCUAAAAAGCAACUCAAACGAACCGGAGACUUACCAUAUCGUAGUAAAUGAUGCACAAAGAAAGGUUACAAAUGCAAAUGGCCAUGUUACCGUUAUUAUUUCUGGUCCAACUGCAAAUGAAGCCACUAUGCCUUCUGCGGAUGCUUUGCUUAUACCACAAACAAAUACCUCCGGUUCUUUCUCGGAAAACAGUGCCAUUUCUUCUAACGAAAGCCUUUCGAAAGCGUCAGGGGAUGGGCAAAGCUCAUUUACACAGGCCGAUCAGUUAUCACACAGCUUAGCUAAUGGAACUCAAGGCGUGACAUCUCAGUCUUCAUCAUCUGCAAACAAAGCUUCAGCAAACAGUACCAAUGGAUCCCUUUCACUUCUUAAGGAAGAUGCUCUUUCAGCGUUGAAAAUUUCGCAAGGCAUAGAGGGACAACUAAACAAUGGCCAAACCCAAGUGGAAAGAGAAAACCAGGAUUCGAAGGCCUCAUCUUCAGACGCUGGGCAAACUAAACCUGUUGACAUUCCAAGCACAGAUUAUCUAAAGCAGGCAGGACAUCACUUUGUCAAGAUUGGCCAGGAUCUUGAAGGUGGAGUCGAUGGUCUUCAAAUCGAAGAAGUUUCUCGACCUAACAUACAGGAGGAGCAGCGAGAAGAAAAGGAAAAUCCUCUCAUAGCUGGAGAAAAUUAUUUGGAGGGUAUUGAAAAGGCUGUGGCGGUUCAAUCUCAAGAUGUUCCUACCUUAAAUAUUAUUUUAGACCCAUCACAGAAAUUUGGCUCGUCUUUAUCGGUUGGUGGUAAAGUAAUUCCGCUUGGCACAGGCAAGUCAGGGGGAGAUUCUAUGCAAACCGCUGGCGGCAACAAACAACAACUAGACUGUCAUGCUGACCCUAAAGAAAGAAAGACAACGGUGACAAUUUUGACGUGCCAAAAGAAACAAAGUCUUCCGAAUAUUCCCAUGUCCUUAAGUGGACAAAAUGUAGGAUACUUCGGUGGUGGCCAAACGUCUGGUGGACCCUCUUUACAGCUCGACCAGGUGAUGAAUGUCCUCAACGAUCAAGUAAAGGCAACGAUAAAUAAGGAAAUGUAUUCGGAAAGCAAAGACAUUCAAAAAAUGCUGACAGGUAUGACAUCACCGAGCAGUACUCUCUUGGACACUGACGACGCUUCUUCUCAAAUGGGUUCACGUCAGCGGUCACCUUUGGUGGGACCUGAUGAAUUUACCUCACUGCCAGAAGACGAGGAGCGUGGCAGAUGGGGACGUCGUCACCCUCAUCACCGGAGAAUACAUCAUUAUGGGUUUCCUUUCACUACUGGAGUCCCUAAUUACCUUGGACUCCUUAAUAAUGGAUUCCCUACACACAGGCGUCAUUUUUGGGGCGUCCAUCGUCAUUCUAAUCCCUUCGUGGUGAUGGCUCAUAAAGAUCAUAGUGGGGAAGGCUACUGGGAUUAUCAACACAACAUUUUCAUUCCCCAUGAAGAGGGGGAUGAUGAUAAUGAUGAUGAUGAUGAUAAUGACGAUGACGAUGAUGAAGACAGCAGAGAAAAACACUGGAUCCCGUGGAGCCAACAAGCUCAUAGAAAAGGAGACUGGUUUAUGCCCCAUUCACGUUUUUACCAACCCCAUUUCUCUCCGACCACGCACCAUGAUAUUUUUCAUCUUCGUCUUCCUACCCUCUUCGGAAGAUCAGGCCCUUGGAGGCCUCCUACGAAGCAUAAACAAGAGCAGGGGGCAAAGAGAACGGCAGUGGUGCAUAAGACAGUCAGGGGGGAUAGAGACACUUGUAGACCGAUUAUCGAGGGCCCAUCCCCUCCCCUGAAAGGUGAAUGGGAGUACCUGGGAAAGGUUCUGUGCAGCUGCCCUUGCAGGUUGAGUGAUGCUGAAUGGUGA